CAAUGGUUUCAGGAACAUAAAAUACCAACCCGCAUGCACACUUCUCUCCAUUUUUCUUCAUUAUUCAGAAAACCCAUGUCAAGGCAUCCCCCACAUUGUUCCUUCCAUAUGUUUGUUUUCCUUUCAAUCUCCAAGGCACCGGUUUAAUGCAUUUCCUUACAAUGGUGGACGUUUGUGAGAAUGUACAAUGCAAUGCAGAUUUUGAUGGCCGGAUUUCGGUUUCUUGGCAUGCUUUAAGGUUUUUGUGUUGAAAUGCAUUUUUUUUGAAUUUAUGAGAUGUUUAAUUUGGAAGUUCAUCUCUAUGGUCCCUCUUACAUGUGGGGAUUGAGUUCCUAAUGUUGUCUUCAAAGCGUGUGAAAUAAAUGGACUGGAAAUGCUUUUGGCAUUCUCUAUGAGUUCUAGUGUACUAUUUUUGUUGUUUCAAGAUGAAUAAGAGGUCAAAAAUUGAGCCUCAAACUGGAAGGAGGAUCAAGCUUUCAUAUAUUUUCUUAGCUUUAGGUGCAUUAUACUUGAUUCUUAUUUGCGUGAAGUUUCCGGAGUUUUAUGAGAGUGCCACAGCUUUGGGAGGUGAUGAGAGUGUUCUUGGAGUGGAUGAGUUCACAGAUACAAGUAAUGAUGAUGGAGAGCUUAGUAAAACGAAUGUGGGGUCCACACAUGCCGAUGGAUUACGUCAUAUACAACGCAACCAUGGAAAAAAUCCAUCUUACAGGCUUGGAUAUGAUCAAAUGACUUCUAGUGUUUUAAAACCAUUGAAUAUGACUAUCAACCCUUCUGUGUUAGAAAGAGCGGCAAUUGAAGCUUGGACAUUAGGCUUGAAGGCAUGGGAUGAAGCAAAUAAUUACGAUGAGAAGGAUCCUGAGAUAAAGAAUUCAAUAUUUGAGGGGAAGCCUGAGUCAUGUCCUUCAUUUGUUACCAUGACAGGAGAAGAAUUGGCUAAAGCAGACCGCAUUAUGCUCCUCCCUUGUGGUCUUUCUGCUGGUUCCUCAAUCACCGUGAUUGGUAUCCCACACUAUGCUCAUCGUGAAUAUGUGCCCCAACUUGCCAAGACAACAAAAGGUGAUGGAAUGGUUUCAAUAUCCCAUUUUUCAUUUGAGUUACAAGGAUUAAAAGCAGUGGUUGGGGAGGACCCACCAAAAAUUCUGCAUUUAAAUCCCCGGGUAAGAGGAGAUUGGAGUCGUCGACCGGUGAUUGAGCAUAACACCUGUUAUAGGAUGCAAUGGGGGACAUCUCAAAGGUGUGAUGGUAUUCCUUCCAAAAGUGAUGAGGACAUGCUUGUUGAUGGAUUUCUGAGAUGUGAAAAGUGGAUGCGAAGCGAUAUAGUUGACGUGAAAGAGUCCAAAAUAUUUUCAUGGUUUCAGCGAUUCAUAGGGCGUGCAAAGAAACCAGAGGUGACAUGGCCUUUUCCAUUUGUGGAGGGAAAGAUGUUUAUUAUGACUGUUCGUGCUGGUAUUGAUGGAUUCCAUAUAACUGUUGGUGGUCGACAUGUGACUUCUUUUUCAUACAGGGUGGGGUUCUCAUUAGAAGAUGCUACAGGAUUGGCAAUUGCUGGUGAUGUUGAUGUUCACUCAGUUUAUGCAACAUCUCUUCCCACAUCUCAUCCAAGCUUUUCACCGCAAAGGGUAUUGGACUACUCUGAGAAAUGGAAGUCUCUUCCUUUUCCCUUGAAAAAACCUAUUCAACUUUUCAUUGGAAUUCUAUCUGCCACCAAUCACUUUGCAGAACGUAUGGCUAUAAGAAAAACUUGGAUGCAAUCUCAAGCAAUCAAGUCCUCAAGUGUCGUGGCUCGUUUCUUUGUUGCUUUGAAUCAACGAAAGGAGUUGAAUUCUAUGUUGAGAAAGGAGGCUGCCUUCUUCGGGGACAUUGUGGUUGUGCCAUUUAUAGAUAGAUAUGAGUUAGUUGUUUUGAAGACUAUUGCCAUAUGCGAUUAUGGGGUUCAAAAUGUGACUGCUGCUUAUGUUAUGAAAUGUGAUGAUGACAAUUUCAUCAGAUUAGAUGCUGUUAUGAAAGAAAUUGAUCGUGUUUCACCCCCGAAGUCGUUUUACAUGGGCAAUCUUAAUCUAAUGCAUCGACCUCUCAGACACGGAAAAUGGGCCGUUACAUUUGAGGAGUGGCCAGAAGAUAUAUAUCCGCCGUAUGCUAAUGGACCCGGGUAUAUUAUCUCCAGAGACAUAGCACAAAAUAUAGUCUCUGAACAUCUCAACAAUAACUUACGGUUAUUCAAAAUGGAGGAUGUGAGCAUGGGAAUGUGGGUCGAAAAGUACAACAUCACAACCCCAGUUCAAUAUGUGCAUGACUGGAAAUUCUGUCAAUAUGGAUGCAUGGAUAACUACAUUACAGCACAUUACCAAUCUCCGCAACAAAUGUUUUGUCUGUGGGAUAAUUUGCGUCAUGGUCAACCUCAUUGCUGCAACUUUUAAAAUAUAGUUGAUGUAUAGUUAAUUGUUAGGAUCGGAUUUUUAUAUUCUUUUUUUAGUUUUGUAAUACGAUACUAUCUAGUGAUGUGGGAAAUUGUGCCAAGGGGAUCCACUUUCUCAUGUUCAGGAUUCACAUGUAGUUGACUAAUUGAAUAGGGUAGUUCUUAGUGUGAUAAAUUUUUAAUAGUUGUGUCGAGGGAUUUUGCCUCGCCAAUGGAUACAUAUCACCGAGUAAUUGUAC